CCCUCCCUUCCUUCUUCCCAGGCUUGUGUCCAUGAGCCAUGAUGCGCAAGAAGGGACCCCCAGACUCCGGAUGGCUCCUCCUCGGCACCGGAGCCCCCCAAGAGACCCCCCAAGAAGAGGAGGAGGAAGAAGAAGACCCCCUGGGCUUCCUGGGCAAUGGGGUCCCAGGGGGGGCCUUUGCCGUGGGCGAGGAAGAGGAGGACCAGGACCAGGAGGAGGAAGGCCAGGAGGAGCCGGCUCCUUUCCCGAGGGGACCAGGACCAGGAGGGAACUGCUUCAGCGAUGGGAAGACCCCCAUUGACUUCGUGCUGGUUUGGGAGGAGAAGCCCCCCAAGAAGCACCAGCGGCGGAGCCGGAGGAAAGGCCGAGGCGCGGACGCGGAAGGAGCGGAAAGGGCUCCCGGGAGGCAGGAGCGGUGGCGCCGGAAGUUCCUCAAGAACCUGCACAGCACCGGGCUCCUGGCGGAGAAGGAGGAGACCCUGAGCCAGAGGAAGAGCUUCCACUUCCUGAAGCUGAGUGCGCCCUGGGAGGUGCUGGUCUACUACGCGGAGGAGCUCUGCUUACGGGCCCCGCUCCAGGCCCACCCGAACCCAGACAGGAACUCCUCGGACGCCUUCCUCCGCCGGCUGCGGCUGCCCAACCCCAUGGCCCAGUGGGUGCCCAACAAGCCCCUCGACUACUACACCUGCGCCUUCCGGAAGUCCAAGCUGGGCAAGUUCCUGGGGAGUGACUGCCGCGACUCCUACUUCACCAACACUCAGAGACACCGCAUUGUGUAUGAAAUCUUGGCCCGGACCGUCUACGGGAAGCGGAAGCAUGCUGAGAUUGGCAUCGACCGCCUGCUGAACGAAGGGGUCUAUUCGGCGGCCUUCCCUUUGCAUGAGGGACCCUUUGAGCUCCCGGAGUACGAGGUCCCCGGGGAGGAGCUGAACCCGCGGCAGGUGCUGUAUGGCUUCUGGGCCCAGUGGGGCUGCUGGUUCCGGUACCAGCCCCUGGACCACAUCCGGGAGUACUUUGGGGAGAAGGUGGCCAUCUACUUCGCCUGGCUGGGCUUCUACACGGCGUGGCUGCUCCCGGCUGCGGCCGUUGGGACCCUGGUCUUCCUUGCCGGACUCCUGACCAUGGGGAGCAACACUCCGGCGCAAGAGAUCUGCAACAGCGGGAAGCAGUUCCUCAUGUGCCCGCUUUGCGACACCUGCGGCAACUGGCACAUCUCCGACAUCUGCCCCAUGGCCAAGGUGGGCUACCUCUUUGACCACCCGGGGACCGUCUUCUUCAGCGUCUUCAUGUCCUUCUGGGCCGUGACCUUCCUGGAGUAUUGGAAGCGGAAGAACGCCACCCUGGCCCACCAUUGGGACUGCAUGGACUUCCAGGAGGAGGAGGAGCGUCCGCGGCCAGAGUUUGCGGCCAUGGCCCCCCAAAUGGAGCAGAACCCCGUCACGGGGGUGAAGGAGCCCCACUUCCCCCAGAGGGACCGCCUCUCCCGCAUCCUGACGGGGUCCGUGGCCAUCGCCACCAUGCUGUGCGUGGUGAUGAUCUUCCUGGUCUCGGUGAUCAUGUACCGGGGCAUCGUCAGCACCAUGAUGUACCACACGAGGAACACGGUCCUCAUGACGCAGGCCGGAAACAUCGCCAACAUCAGCAGCUCCAUGGUGAACCUGGUGCUCAUCCUCCUCAUGGGCCAGGUCUACACUUCCUUGGCGGAGAAGCUGACCCGAUGGGAGAUGCACCGGACGCAGACGCAGCACGAGGACGCCUUCACCUUCAAGGUCUUCAUCUUCCAGUUUGUCAACUUUUACUCGUCCCCGUUCUACGUGGCGUUCUUCAAAGGCAGGUUCGUGGGCUAUCCCGGCCAGUACGGGACGCUCCUGGGCAUGAGGAACGAGGACUGCGGUCCCGGUGGGUGUCUGAUCGAACUGGCCCAGCAACUCUUCAUUAUUAUGGUGGGGAAGCAGAUUGUCAGCAACAUCCAGGAGUUCCUCCUUCCGAAGCUGAAGGCCUGGCGCCAGAAGAGGCAGCUGGCCCGAGUGCGAGGCUCCCAGAUCUGCCAAGAGCCCAAACAGUGGGAGGAAGACUUUGAGCUGAUCGAAUGCGAGGGGCUCUUUGAGGAAUACCUGGAGAUGGUGCUCCAGUUCGGUUUCAUCACCAUCUUCGUGGCCGCCUUCCCGCUCGCCCCGCUCUUUGCGCUGCUCAACAACUGGGUGGAGAUCCGCCUGGACGCCCAGAAGUUUGUCUGCGAGUACCGGCGCCCCGUGGCCGAACGGGCCCAGGACAUCGGGGUCUGGUUCUUCCUCCUGGACGUCCUGGCCCAGCUCUCCGUCAUUGUCAACGCUUUCCUCAUUGCCUUCACUUCCGACUUCCUCCCGCGCCUCCUCUACCAAUACCAGCAGGACAGCCAGCUCCGCGGAUACGUCAACUUCACCCUGGCCUACUCGCCUCCUAACUACGUGGUCGGCAACCACACUCUCUGCCGGUACAAGGCCUUCCGUGACGCCCACGGCAACUACACCCUCUUCUACUGGAAGCUGCUGGCCAUCCGCCUGGGCUUCAUCAUCGCCUUCGAGCACGUGGUCUUCUUUUGCCUGCGACUCAUCGACUGGCUGGUGCCGGACGUCCCGGCCUCCCUCGAGCUGAAGGUCAAGCGGGAGCGCUUCCUGGCCAAGCAGGCCCUGGCCGACAACCAGGACGUCCUGCUGACGGUGAGUCGCGGCUCUUCUCCCUCAUCUUCAGCAAGCAGCCUUUUAUCCGGCAGCAUGAUCUAGAAGGAGUCCCGAAAUCUCUCUCCCCUUUCCGAGGCCAUGGGAAGGAUCCAAAAGCAGAGACUGCUUCAAUUGCGAACACAACGUGGAUGUGCAAGCGGGGGCUCCUCCCUCACUUGUGUUGCUUCACCUCAAUGUUUAUUGUAUUCAUAUCCCAUUUAUUUAUUACAUCCAAGCCCUAUUUACCGUAUAUACUCGAGUAUAAGCUGGGUUUUUCAGAACUGAAAAAGCCGCCCUCGGCUUAUACUCGGGUGAGGGUCCUGGUUGGCUUAUAUUCGGGUUGUAUAUACGGUAUUUAUUCCUAUUCAUGCUCCACGUAUAUCAUUGACUUGGUUUGUUUCAUGGCUCCCACCUUCCCUGCAUCUCGAAUGGCGGCUCUUUUGCACAACGCUAAUGCUGCUUCUGUGCUGUUGGUUAAUAAAGACUGAACUGCGGCAUCCGA